AUGGCAACCAUGAAGCAGUGGACAACCAAGCAGGAUGGGCUCAACAAGAUGCAGUUUGGCAACGCCCCGGCUCCCUCGGCCGACUCGCUCAAGGACGGCGAGGUCCUCGUCAAGGUCAACCAGGUUGCCCUCAACUACCGCGACACUGAGGUCGUCAUGGGCGACUACAAGCACCACAAGUCCCUCCAAGACGACGCAAACCUCGUCCCUUGCUCCGACAUAUGCGGCACCAUCACCCACACCACACCUGGCGCAUCUGGCCUCCAGCAGGGCGACCGCGUCAUGGCCAUCUUCAACCAGAGCCACCUGACCGGCCAGAUCGUCGAGAAGGACAUGGCCUCAGGGCUCGGCAAGCCCCUCCCGGGCUGCCUGACCGAGUACCGCGUCUUCCCCGCCUCGGGCCUUGUCAAGGUGCCCGACUACCUGAGCGACGCCGAGGCGGCCACCCUGCCCAUCGCCGCCGUCACCGCGUGGAUGGCAAUCAACAGCUUCCAGCCCAUCGGCCAGCCCCUCCAGGGCGAGGACAAGUACGUCCUGCUGCAGGGCACGGGAGGCGUGUCCAUUUCGGGCCUGCAGAUUGCCAAGGCAUUGGGUCUCAAGAGUGCGUAUUGUUGCUUACACUCUCUCCCCAGUCCUUUUUUUGCUCACUCACAAGAACCAUUUGUCGCUAACAUCACCCAACCCCCCGAUCUCACAACAGCAAUCGUCACAUCCUCGUCCGACGAGAAGCUCGCCCGCGCCCGCGCUCUCGGCGCCGACCACACCAUCAACUACAAGACCACGCCCGCCUGGGACGACGAGGUCCUGCGCGUCACCGGCAACAAGGGCGCCGACGUCAUCUUCGAGUGCGGCGGCGCGGGGACGCUCGCCAGGUCGUUCAACUGCGUCGCGUUUGGCGGGCUCGUCAGCUGCAUCGGCUACCUGUCGGGCAAGCUGGACCCUGCGGGGGGCGAGCCGCAGCUCAACACCAACGUGCUGGCGCUGCGGCGCAACGUCACGCUCAAGGGCAUGCUGAACGGGCCGAAGGACCGGUUCGAGGAGAUGCUCGGGACGUAUGUGGACAAGCAGAUCCGGCCGGUUGUGGAUCGCGAGUUUGCGUUUGGCGAGGCGGACCAGGCGUUCAAGUACGUGCAGAGCGGAGGGCAUUUUGGCAAGGUUGUUGUGAAUGUUGCGUAG